GAAACCUUGAAUAAAACGUUAUCUUCUUCAUCUCUAACCUAAGCUUCUCUUAGCUUACAUGGUAUCAGAGCCAUGGAUGGUGAUCCGUUUACUUCUCCUUUAACCAUCGUCCACUGCGUUACUCUCAAGCUAAAUGACAAAAAUUACCUCUUUUGGAAGUUUCAGUUCGAACAGUUCUUAAACAGCCAAUCUCUUCUCGGCUACGUCAAUGGCUCUGAACCCCGGCCCUCUCCAGCUGCAGUCGAUUCAUGGGUUUAACUCUUGACUCUUCUCCAGCUUCCGCUCAAGCUUACAAGUUCAGUAAAGCUCCAAACUUGCAAAAAAAAAAAAAAAAAAAAAAAACCUGCGACCAAGACAGCCUUUCAACACUGUCUUCACCAAGCCACUCCAGAGACCUGCUGCAGCUGUGACUUUGUCAUUGAAAACAUCAGUUUCAAAGAAAAUCAGAAGAUGUACAGAACCGGUCAGAGCUUGCUCAUAUGAAGAGGGAGAAGUCCGAGACAAGACCGGACUUGUUCCUUGUUUGAAGAAACGUCAUGUUGUCACCAGAUGCGAGCUGCCUCUUGUCUUUGUUCCUGCAACGGACGAGUACACUUGCAACAAGAUGUUCUCGUUGAAGUUUCAGACAGGUCUCAAACUGGUUAGAGAAGAAUGAAGACUUAUUCAGCUUCCUCGCCACUUAUUCACGGUAUCUCUGUUUCUUUUCUUGAGACAGAACAGUGGAUGAUAAAAUAUAUAUGUCGUGUGCUGGAUUGAGUUGAUGCUGGUUUAGAUUCUGGUUAAGAUAGGUUUGGAACAGACAGGUUGAAAGAGAUAGGCUUGUUUGGUUUUGUUACGUGUGGAGUUGGAUGCAAGUUUCUGGCUUUAAUACUAAUGCACACAAGGUGCUCGGUGAAAUGCCAAUGAGACAGUCAGAUUGUUUAGAGGCAGAGUUUUUUGGUAGUAUACUGAUGGGAAUCAGAGAUUGAGUAUAGUUUUAUUUGGUAGGUGUGGAAAGAGAGUUUUUCAUGAGACACAUUAGAAGAAUGAAAUGGGUAAAGUAAACCUAGAUUCAUAGUGAGACAAAUAGUCCACAAUUAUACCUCUGAGUGAGAUCAACUAAGCUCUCCAAGUUCAAGAGAAACCUCUGAGUGAAGCCAUGUGAUACUCUCCAAGUAUAGGUCUGAAUAGAUCUCACACUAAUGUUUGUCUACAAUGGUGAGUAGAGCCAUUUGUCAACAUCUCAAGCAUCCUACUUCAUCUACUUAUGCUCAUCUCAAGCCAUCUCCAUCUGUGCUUUCAAACUCAGCGUAUCUGCUCCAUCCACGCUAAGUUUGCGGAAGGAUAUUGAAGCCCACACUGAAGCCCAUCUUAUGAUCCAUUAAGAAGCAUAUGUAACUAUGUAACUAGGGUUUUAUAAACCACUAUAUAUGUCGUUAGAAUACUUGCUAGUAUGUAACCUUUGGCUGUCUUUCAAGCAGCCUCUCUUUUAUCUUUAUGAAUCAAUCCAAAACCUUCUUAUCUUGGUGACAAUCUAAGCUUUCCUCUAUUUAGUUUGUUGCAUUCAAUAAAGCUCUCAUGAGGUAUUUCAAUAUCUCUUUUCUAUCUUAAUAAAGCUCAUUUGAGCAAAGUCUAGUAUUGUUUCAGUUUGUCCACAUACCGUUCUCAAGAAAGCGUUCGAGCUUUCGGAGCUGUGCGGUGUCAACGUGUGCAUCAUCUGGUUCGACCGUGAAGGGAAUCUUGUGAAGACGUGUCCUGAGAACGAAGAAGCAAAGGUUAGAGCCAUGGCCGAGAGAUACAGCAUGUUAAGCGAACAAGAAAGGAACAAGAAAAGCACCAAUCUCUCAGGGUUUCUAAACAAGAAGAUGAUGGACGACAAGAAGGAAUCUCUCAAGAAAAAGGACAAUAAAUUCUCGGGAAAAGUGUCAGAGUUUAUGGAUUCUUUGCAGAGUCGGUUCCAGACAUUACAAGAAAGUCUUUUUCUUGUUGAUCAACAACCCAAGGAGGCUAGUGCUGUUGUUUCAACGGAUCUAUCUUCUAAUCAUCCGAGUACCACAACCACGUCCUUGAGCAAAAUGAAAGUUGGGACAUUUGGGAUAAUUUGCUGCUAUCUCCUUUAUGUAUCUCUCACAAAGACACACUACUGGGACUAGGGAAACUGGUUCUCUGGAAACACGCCAAGGAGGGAAGAUUUAAGAUAAAGCCUGAUUCUGUGAUGAUCUCCAACUUCCUUGAUCAUCAGAUCAUCGUACUUGUCUCCAAGCCUGGAGGAGAGGGAAGGCGUUGCAUUUAUGUACUCUACCAGAGAUUCCUCGUUCAAUGGCUUAAACUCCUCGAACGACAUCGCUUUUGCUCUUUGCUUCAGUUUCAACCAAGUGCGGAGAGAUAACAGAGAGAUGAUUGCAAUGAAUCUAGUUUUAAAAGGUACGAUUUUUUCAGAGAUACUCUAAUUGUUUUUGGCUUCACAUCUGUAGUGAUCAGUCUAUCGCAUGGAGUGACCAACAAAAUGGCAAAUACUCCGAGCAUGAUUAAUGGGUUUCUUAGCGUAAUAUAAUAAAAUGUGUCUUAACUUUUAACUACAAAAGCUAAGAACCGGUUCUUAAAAAACCGGUUCUUAGCUUUUGUAGUUAAAAGUUAAGAGACGGGUUAUUAUAUUACGCUAAGAACUCCAUCCUAAAAACUUCCCAUUAAUCAUGCUCUCACACGCCCCUUUCAAGAAUCGUUAAAUAACCGAUUGGUUAAUGCUUGCCAAAGUCAAACCAGGUCAGUCAAUUUUUAAUAUCCGGUUGUUUUCAAUCAAACCCAAGGUCAAGUUCAUUUUGGUUCGGUUUGAUGUGCAAACAUGGUUUAGUAUGAGUUUAGUCUUUCCUUUUUGUAACAAUUGUCCACGUUUACUUAUUAAGAUUUUUUCAUAAUGUCUAUUUUUGUGCAUUUCAAAAUAUAAAAAAAGUCCAACAAGCAACAUAUGCAUACACUACACUCUCGUAAUCUAGUCAUUUUACAAAAAGAAAUUAUUGGAAAGUUAACCGAAAAAAGUAUCAAUGCAUCCAUGUCCAUCUUUAUUCUUGAGAGAAGCGCAGCGCCUUUCACUGCAUCCAUGUCAUCUCAUUCUAUUUUUACCAACUUCUCAGCUAAAUUUCAGGACAGGACACUCUAAGCUUGGAGGAAUGGUGGUCGUUCUGACAAACUGGAUUGUGUGAUCAAGUGAAGACUCUAAUGCUUUUAAGGAAGUUUUGCAGUUAUUAACUAUAGUAUAAGAUGAAGAGACUUGAGUGUGUUUGGAUGUUUUUUAUGCUUUGUAUUAUUGUAUAUAUUGACAAGUGUAGCAGAGAGAGUAUUUUGGACUCUGUUGAGCUGGUGUUGGCUAUGUGCUAGAAGAUUCAGCCUCUGUUCACAAUAUUCAGUUGUAUAAAUAUUGAUUAUUACAAAGGAAAGCUCACUGGUCAGUUACAAUGAA